AUGGCGGCCGAAUUUGCUUGCCGGAGGUGCGUGCAAGCACUCGGGCUAGGAAUAUGCCGUAAUGCGGUGAGAACGCCUCCCAAGCUGAGGCAGUUCACGCGUCUCAGCCACAGAUACCGAACCUAUUCCACGCCAUCUCGACAGAGCAUCCUGCCACAGCAGGCGAAUUCAAAGCUGAAAGUUUGUACGAGCCAUAAAAGAGGGACUGCCUCUUUAGCUACCCCUCAAGAAGCGUCCACCAGUGAAGGAUCGGAGCCGAAACGGCCACUUCUACGUCGAGAUAAUCUUUUCCAUUCGUACAGCAAUUCCCCUUCGCCGCAGAUCAGGAAGCGAGCAGAAUUUAUCAAACAACAUGCAUUCUGCCCACACCCAGACCAUCAACAAACCCGCGCUUCGGUGUCUCCUAUUGCUACUGAAGUUAGAAUGUCAGCAAUCCCCAAUGAGCAGAAACAGCCGCCUGCCCAUGCCCAGCAUGAAUGUCCAGACUGUGGAGUUCCGAUAUAUUGCUCGGAAGAGCAUUGGAUGGAUGACUUUGAGGCACAUCUCCAAGUUUGCGAAACAAUUAGGCAGAUCAACGAGGAUGACCAUGAUUUGCUAUCUGGACGGUUCUUCACGGAAUUCGAUUAUCCCGGCUAUCAGGCGGAUGAGAUUGUUGUUAAUAUGACAAACUGGGAUACCUUCUUGUACACCAGAGAAUUCGAGGCUGUCAAUGAUGAUAGGAGCAUGCGGCAGGUUACUAGAUUGCUCACUUACCCAAUCACAAUUGCAAGCGUGUUACAUGAACUCAGCCCAUAUAACAUCUCAAAGGGAGGGAGAUUAACGCCUGAGGGGUUGAAGAGCUUUAGUGCCUUACGUUACACGCUGCAUCCCCCCAGGUCAGGCGAGGGAAGCACUAUGAAGGGAUUGCGUUUGAAAGCUCCUCCAGUCCGUAUCUUUAUACUCGGCGCGCGUGCAGAGUCAUCCUUGCCGCGAGAAGUCUGGAUGCAGAUUUCACAUCUAUUUCCCCGUGCGACAAUAAAUUUGAUCUUCAUCGGACCUGAGAGCAUGGCAAAUCGUGAUGACGAGUUCCCCCUCCCCGAACGUACAGCAAGCAAUCCGUUUGGUGGAAUUGUUGAAGACCGCCUUGGUGCUCAGAUGAAAAUAACUACUUACGUCGACUACUUCCAUACCAUGCACAAAGCUAAUAUGUUCGCGCCCUACGAUCCUUACUUUGACUGUUUUAUGCUUUUCCAUCCUGGCCUGGGGCAUCCGGCUAGUUCGCACGAGUGGGAGGAGACUCUUCCAUGCUUGCUAGAGACAAAGGUGCCAAUCAUAUGCACAGGCUACACGCAGAGUGAUAUGGAAAGAGAUAUGAACUGGGUAAAGAAGAAAUGCGGCGGUGAGGCAGACAUCCUUCUCGAACAAGGAGAGAAUCGAUUCCGGAGUUUGAGAUGGGAUUUGAACGACUUAGAUCCGCAUGAUGUGUCCUGCGUCAAUGAUGAAUUCAGUCGUCUAAUUCAGGAUAAUAUACAACGCGAGACUGUAAUAACCAUGAACAAUCUAAGAGAACAAAACAAACAGCCAACCCAGUAUAAAAGAAAGUAA